AUGUCUCGUAUGCAACAGACAGGAGAAAUUUUAGAAAUGACAUCCAAACUUGCCUCACCUGAGCAGAGUGAUCGCGAUUUUGCUUUCAGCAGGCUUGUCACACUCGAAGCCCAGAAUGUAGAGUGUGUUCAAGCUUAUGCUAACUUUUGUGGUUAUCGCUCUUCAGAUCCAAAGGCAGAGAUUCGUACACGACGCUUCAUUGGCAUCUUCAAUGAGAGAUACUUGGAAGCUCAACCCCAAAUUUCAGAUUUGGCCAUUUCACAACUUCUUAACGAGUUCGAGAAGCCAGAUCCACAACUCAAGGGUAUUAUUGUACGCCAGAUUGGUAGACUUAUUAAUGAUGGAAAUGUCGAGAGACUUAUUCCGAUUGUAAUGAGAGCCUGUUCUUCUGAUGAUCCAUACGUAAGGAAGGCCUCUGCACUUUCUAUUCUUGCUAUCCAUCAAUCACGUUCAUCAUUCCUCGAAAAAUAUAAAUUAACUGCACAAUUAAAGCGUUUAGUUGAAGAUUCGAAUCCUAAUGUUGCAGCUAAUGCUGUUUCAGCACUUAAUGAAAUCAACCAAACUCGCGAUACUCCAAUUUUCGAACCAUCAUUUUCAACAAUUAACAAUUUACUUGCAUCCAUUGACCAAACAACAGAAUGGGCUCAAGUACAGAUCCUAGAUUAUACCUGCAAUUACAAGCCAGAUAACGCCAAUGACGCUCGAGGAAUUAUUUCUCGUGUAACAUCUCGUCUUUCACAUGCAAAUGCAGCAGUUGUCUUAUCAGCAAUCAGAUGUUGCCUCCAGAUGAACAUUUACAUUGACGAUCCAUCUAAAGUCCGUGAAACACUAACUAGAGUUGCUUUACCAUUAGUAACUUUACUUAAUAACACAGCACCAGUUCAAUAUGCUGCCAUCAAGUCCAUCUUAAUCUUAUUACAGCACUACAAGAGACUUUUCUCAAGUGAAGUUUCGAUCUUUUUCUGCAAAUUUGAUGAUCCACCAUACAUCAAAUUGGCCAAGCUUGACGUCAUUCUUACACUCUGCAGUGCCGCAAAUGUAGGAAAAGUACUUGAAGAACUCUACGAUUACGCUCAACAAGCUGAUGUUGAAUUUGUUAGAAAAUCUAUAGCAGCUAUUGGUAAAAUUGCAAUUACAUUCGAAGCAGCAGCAUCUUCAUGUGUUGAUAAGAUUGUAGCUUUAGUUGACAACAAAAUUGAAUAUGUUGUUCAGGAAUGUAUCGUUGUAGCGGCCGAUAUCUUCAGAAGAUAUCCAUUCCAGUAUCUUGGAAUCCUUUCCAACAUUUGUGGAGCUUUGGGAUCGAAGCUUGAUGAUCAUCGCGCAAAAGCAGCAAUGGUAUGGAUUAUUGGCGAAUACGCCGAUAGAAUUGGCAACGCUGGUGACUUGUUAGAUGCCAAUUUUAUCGAUGAUUUCCUAGAAGAUACUCCUGAUGUUCAAUUAGCUGUAUUAACUGCAGUUUUCAAGUACUUCUUGGUCAACCAAGAGGAUGCUCAGGAUAUGUUCCAAUCAGUAAUUACUAUGGCAACAUCCCAAGUUGAUAAUCCUUCAAUAAGAGACAGAGCAUUUCAAUAUUACUGGUUAAUCUCAGAAUGUAGCGAAUAUGCUCAACAGGUUAUCAUGCCAGAACAAAAGCCACUCAUUAAGGCUGAACUAUACUCAUGCGAUGAUGAAUUGGUCAAAUCAUUAAUUCCAAAUAUCGGAACUUUGGCAGUUUUAUACAACAAGAGACCAGAAGAAUUCGUUGAAAAUGUCAAGAUCAUGACAUCUAUCGGUGAUGAUUUUAACGUUGUCUCAUCUGGUUUUGAACUCCCAAUUGUUGUUCAAGGAAAGUCGACAAACUCACUGGAAGUUAGAGGAUCAUUGAUUAUGAUAGGUAAAGAGUCACAAAUAGCUCUCAAAAUCACAAAUUUCAGUGAAAAUUCAGACCAAAUCAAAGAUAUCGCGUUCAACAAGAACAUUUUCGGAUUUGCACCAGAGCAAAACAACUUCGCGAAGGAUGUUCAGUCCCAGAAAUCGAUUUCUUUGACAGUAACAAUUGGCUUCGAUGCAAAUUACAUGGAAGGUGCUAGACCAACACCUAAUUUGGACAUUGCUAUAUUGACUAACUCACCUCAGCCAUUGAUAUUCUCCGUUCCAAUGAAACUGGAGACAAUUUUGGUUACAGAUAAAGAUGGCGGCAAAUUUACACGCGAAGAAUUCGUCAAAUUCAGGCAAUCUCUUCCUCCAUCAGCAGAGUUAACAACAUCAGUUGAUAACGCAAGAGUUGACUCAAUUCCUGUAUCUAAGAACCAGUUAAAUUCCAAGAGAUUGUAUUUCAAUGCGAAAAAGGACACAACUGCUUAUUUCUCAGGAAAAACGAUCAAAGGCGAAAACCUUGUUGUUUUCCUUUCUUUCUCUGAAGGAGGAAAAGUUCAAGUUGGAAUCAAGAUGAGUGAUUCAACAGUAGCAUCUGUUAUAUUAGAACUCGUCAAAUCUAUUAUCCAAUAA